AAGUAAUUAAGCAGCCUAUCUUAUCUGCAAACAGUUCAAUACAAAAAAUCUCUACGAAUCUACAACAACCUUUGGCUGACCUUGAGAUAUCCAAAAGGUCACCUCCAAAAUGCUUGAAAUCAUUAGUUGAACUAUAUAACAAACAAUCUGCUUCAACAAAAUCAGAUGAAGUGACUUAUAAAACUUGUGGAUAUUGUACAGAUAAAGGUUAUAAUAUUUGUGAAUGUUCAAAAUAUAAAGCAAAUUUAGUUGCAGAUAAAGAAAAUUGA